AUGUGUCUCGGACCUAAGUUGCUGCAGCUGGACCGUGGUUACAUGCAUCCUUGCUUGGAGGCAGCGGUGCUGGGAGAUAUGCAUGCUCAAGGCGAAGAAGUGGACGAAGGCCGAAGAAGCAAUCUGUGCCUCCCUAUCGCUCCGUCCUGCUCCUCAAUUUGUCACCUUAGUUAUUAUGGCUACCUUAUCCCUCAUGCUGCUGAUUUAAACCUGCCCUACUCUUCUUCUCCUAGGUGGAUCGAGCGCUUCAGCUGGUGCCUCGCAGACGACGGGGAAGGAAGGAUUAGAAGUGACGGCUAUAGCGCUAGGAAAUUGGAAACCCUAGCAAUUGAUCUUCUCUAUAAAACGUGUGUGGCAAGGGACGUGGAACCUGCUUCAGAGAAGAAGAGAUGGAACAUGUGA